CGGGCGCGGCCGCAGAGGCAGAGGCGGCGGGAGUAGCGGUGCACCGGCAGCAGCACCGGCACCGCUGCGGUUGUUACCCACCGCUCCUUUCCUCAGCCUUUCCCCGCCCAGGGGCGGGGGUCCCGGGCGGGCCAGGCUUCCCGCCGUGAGGGGAUAGCGUGGCGUCGCAGGGCGAAGCAGUAAUCAUGACAGAGAGCCCGAUCCCGGUCCCGGCUCCGGCCACCAAACCCAAGCGGGCCAGGGCAGCACGGCGGCCGGCGGCCCACCCCACCUAUUCGGACAUGAUCACGGCGGCCAUCCGGGCUGAGAAGAGCCGUGGUGGAUCCUCCCGCCAGUCCAUCCAGAAGUAUGUGAAGAGCCACUACAAGGUGGGCCAGCAUGCCGAUGUCCAGAUCAAGCUCUCCAUCCGGCGCCUGCUCGCUGCUGGCGUCCUCAAGCAGACCAAAGGGGUCGGCGCCUCCGGCUCUUUCCGCCUGGCCAAGGCUGACAAGGCAAAGAAGUCCCCGGCUAGGAAGAGGAAGAAGGUGGCCAGGAAAUCCAUGUCACCCCGGAAAGCGGCCAGGCCCAGGAAAGCCAAGUCACCGGCAAAGAAGCCCAAAUCUGCUGCCAGGAAAGCCAGGAAGAAGUCGAAGGCCAGCCCGAAGAAAGCCAAGAAGCCAAAGACUGUUAAGGUCAAGUCACUGAAGGUGUCCAAGCCCAAGAAGGCAAAGCGGUCGAAACCCAAAGCCAAGUCCGGUGCCCGGAAAUCACCCAAGAAGUGAGAAGUCUAGAGGUGUUUUGGUACUCUCCCCGCUGGUUUCUGUAAAUAGCUUUUGCCUUUAUUUUUACCCAUUUCUAUUGCAUUUUAUAAAGAAUUGAUCUAUUCCUGUCUGGAAAUAUCUAAAACAAAGCAGUUAAUGAAAGAAAAAAGGAACGUAUUUGAUAUGGGGAGUUCCAGUUUUUAAGA